ACUAUUUUUAAGACUAUCAUUUCUCUUUGUCUGUGAAGUCAGACAGAACAAGAAGAAAUCCACUUGAUUCAGAUACUCUCAAGACCCUUCAAGGAUUAAAUUCUCCUUCUAUAAGCACUUACGUCAGUCAAGAAGCAUCCAAAUAAAAGGUCGUGAUGGAGCUUGAAGAAGACCUUAACGGAGGAGCAGACAAGAACUUCUCGAAGAUGGGCAAAAAGAGUAAAAAGGAGAAGAAAGAAAAGAAACCAGUGGUCAGUGUGUUUACAAUGUUUCGCUAUGCAGGUUGGCUGGACAAGUUGUACAUGCUGGUGGGAACUCUUGCUGCUAUUAUCCAUGGAAUUGCACUCCCACUUAUGAUGCUGGUGUUUGGAGACAUGACAGACAGCUUUGCAAAUGUAGGAAACUUCCAGCCAAACACUACUAAUCUAACUGAAUACACUUCAAACAUGACUGGCAACCUGGAGGAAGAAAUGACCACGUACGCCUACUAUUACACGGGCAUUGGUGCUGGCGUGCUCAUAGUUGCCUACAUCCAGGUUUCAUUUUGGUGCAUGGCAGCUGGAAGACAAAUACACAAAAUUAGACAGAAGUUUUUUCAUGCUAUAAUGAAUCAGGAGAUAGGCUGGUUUGACGUGCACGACGUUGGGGAGCUCAACACCCGGCUCACAGAUGAUGUCUCCAAAAUUAAUGAAGGAAUUGGCGACAAAAUUGGAAUGUUCUUUCAGUCAAUAGCAACAUUUUUUGGUGGUUUUAUAAUAGGAUUUACUCGUGGCUGGAAGCUAACCCUUGUGAUUUUGGCCAUCAGCCCUGUUCUUGGACUGUCAGCUGGUAUAUGGGCAAAGAUAUUGUCUUCAUUUACUGAUAAAGAACUUCAGGCAUAUGCAAAAGCUGGAGCAGUUGCUGAAGAAGUCUUAGCGGCCAUCAGAACUGUGAUUGCUUUUGGAGGACAAAAGAAAGAACUUGAGAGGUACAAUAACAACUUAGAAGAAGCUAAAAGACUUGGGAUAAAGAAAGCGAUCACAUCCAACAUUUCCAUGGGUGCAGCUUUUCUUCUUAUCUAUGCAUCAUAUGCUCUGGCAUUCUGGUAUGGGACUUCCUUGGUCAUCUCAAAAGAAUAUUCUAUUGGACAAGUGCUCACUGUCUUCUUCUCAGUUUUAAUUGGGGCAUUCAGUAUUGGACAGGCAUCUCCAAAUAUCGAAGCCUUUGCCAAUGCAAGAGGAGCAGCCUAUGAAAUCUUCAAUAUAAUUGAUAAUAAGCCCAGUAUUGACAGCUUCUCAACGAGCGGGCACAAACCAGACAACAUUAAAGGAAAUCUGGAAUUCAAAAACAUUCAUUUCAGUUACCCAUCUCGAAAAGAAGUUCAGAUCUUGAAGGGCCUCAACCUGAAGGUGCAGAGUGGACAGACGGUGGCCCUGGUUGGCAACAGUGGCUGUGGGAAAAGCACCACUGUCCAGCUGCUGCAGAGGCUGUACGACCCCAUAGAGGGCAUGGUCAGCAUCGACGGACAGGACAUCAGGACCAUCAAUGUGAGGUAUCUGCGGGAAAUCAUUGGCGUGGUGAGUCAGGAACCUGUGUUGUUUGCCACCACCAUUGCUGAAAACAUUCGCUAUGGCCGAGAAAACGUCACCAUGGAUGAGAUUGAGAAAGCUGUCAAGGAAGCCAAUGCCUAUGACUUCAUCAUGAAACUGCCCCAUAAAUUUGACACCCUGGUUGGUGAGAGAGGGGCGCAGCUGAGUGGGGGACAGAAACAGAGAAUCGCCAUCGCUCGUGCCCUGGUCCGCAACCCCAAGAUCCUUUUGUUGGAUGAGGCGACCUCAGCUUUGGACACAGAAAGUGAAGCUGUGGUUCAGGCCGCUCUAGAUAAGGCUAGAGAAGGCCGGACCACCAUCGUGAUAGCUCACCGCUUGUCUACAGUUCGUAAUGCUGACGUCAUUGCUGGGUUUGACAAUGGUGUCAUUGUGGAGCAAGGAAAUCAUGAUGAGCUCAUGAAAGAGAAGGGCAUUUACUUCAAACUUGUCAUGACACAGACAGCAGGAAAUGAAAUUGAAUUAGGAAAUGAAAUUUGUGAAUCUAAAAAUGAAAUCGAUAAUUUAGACAUGGCUUCAAAAGAUUCGGGAUCCAGUCUAAUAAGAAGAAGAUCAACUCGCAAAAGUAUCCAUGGACCACAUGACCAAGACAGGAAGCUUAGUACCAAAGAGACCCCGGAUGAAGAUGUACCCCCAGUUUCCUUUUGGCGUAUCCUAAAGUUGAAUUCAACUGAAUGGCCUUAUUUUGUGGUUGGUACAUUUUGUGCCAUAAUAAAUGGAGGCUUGCAACCAGCAUUUGCCAUAAUAUUUUCAAAGGUUAUAGGGGUUUUUACAAGACCUAGUGACGAUGAAACCAAACGGCAAGAAAGCAACUUGUUUUCCUUAUUGUUUCUGAUCCUUGGGAUCGUUUCUUUUAUUACGUUUUUUCUUCAGGGCUUCACGUUUGGCAAAGCCGGAGAGAUCCUCACCAAGCGACUGCGAUACAUGGUUUUCAAAUCCAUGCUGAGACAGGAUGUGAGCUGGUUUGACAACCCUAAGAACACCACUGGAGCCCUGACCACCAGGCUCGCCAAUGACGCCGCUCAAGUGAAAGGGGCCACAGGAUCCAGACUUGCUGUCAUUACCCAGAACGUAGCAAACCUUGGGACAGGAAUUAUCAUAUCCCUGGUCUACGGCUGGCAGCUGACCCUUCUGCUCUUAGCUAUUGUACCCAUCAUUGCAAUAGCAGGAGUGAUUGAAAUGAAGAUGCUGUCUGGACAAGCACUGAAAGAUAAGAAGGAGCUGGAGGGUUCUGGGAAGAUUGCCACUGAAGUGAUAGAGAACUUCCGCACUGUCGUCUCGUUGACUCGGGAGCAGAAGUUUGAAAACAUGUAUGCCCAGAGCUUGCAGAUACCAUACAGCCUUCGUUACAGAUGUGCCACAGUGCUAACACUGCAGCUAUCACUUUCUGCACAUGCUUGCCUUUUAUUUUCCAGAGUAUUCUCAGCUGUUGUCUUUGGUGCCAUGGCAGUUGGACAGGUCAGUUCAUUCGCUCCUGACUAUGCCAAAGCCAAAGUGUCGGCAUCGCAUAUCAUCAUGAUCAUUGAAAAAAUCCCCGAGAUUGACAGCUACAGCACGGAAGGCCUGAAGCCUAAUACGCUGGAAGGAAAUGUGAAAUUUAAUGAAGUCAAGUUCAACUAUCCCACCCGACCCGACAUCCCAGUGCUUCAGGGGCUGAACCUGGAGGUGAAGAAGGGCCAGACGCUGGCCCUGGUGGGCAGCAGCGGCUGCGGGAAGAGCACAGUGGUCCAGCUGCUCGAGCGCUUCUACAACCCCGUGGCCGGCACAGUGUUUCUAGAUGGCAAAGAAGUAAAGCAACUCAAUGUCCAGUGGCUCCGAGCCCAACUUGGCAUUGUGUCCCAAGAGCCCAUCCUGUUUGACUGUAGCAUCGCAGAGAACAUCGCCUAUGGAGACAACAGCCGGGUUGUGUCCCAGGACGAGAUCGUGAGGGCGGCCAAGGAGGCCAACAUCCACCAGUUCAUCGAGUCACUGCCUAAUAAAUACAACACCAGAGUAGGAGACAAAGGCACUCAGCUGUCGGGUGGGCAGAAGCAGCGCAUCGCCAUAGCGCGCGCCCUCGUCAGACAGCCUCACAUUUUGCUUCUGGAUGAAGCCACCUCAGCUCUGGAUACCGAGAGCGAAAAGGUUGUCCAGGAAGCCCUGGACAAAGCCAGGGAGGGCCGCACCUGCAUUGUGAUCGCUCAUCGCCUGUCCACCAUCCAGAACGCAGACUUGAUCGUGGUGAUUCAGAACGGCAAGGUCAAGGAGCAUGGCACCCACCAGCAGCUGCUGGCACAGAAAGGCAUCUACUUCUCAAUGGUUAACAUUCAGGCUGGCACAAAGCGCUUAUGAACUGUGACCGUGUAAGAUGUUAAAUAUUUUUUUUAAUAUUUGUAUUAAUACAUAGCAUUUAAUCAAAGUAAAAAUGAAAGCACUUGCUAGCAUAGCCAGGUAUCUAUUUCCUGUCACAAUGAAAAGCACCUAGACUAGUUUAGUCCUCAGAGAAUAUGUAAAGGGACAGAAAUAGAUACAUCAUCAAAUGGAGAGUAAUCAUUUAAAUUGCACUAUAAAAUUCAUAAAAGAAUUAAAAGUAAAUGUUUGAUAAUAUAUACUUUUAUUUAUACUUUCUCAUUUGUAACUAUAACUGAUUUCCUUGCUAAACAAAUUAUAUGUGUAUCAAAAAUUACUGAAACGUUUGUAUAAAUAUAUAUAGUGAAACUAAA